GACAGGUAAGACUCAUUGAAUGACAGAAGGAGUAUCUUAAAGCCGUGACACACCUGGUUUUUUAAGGAUUGCUAGCAAACUUACUUGUAUCGAUUUUUUUUUUUAUAGACCUAAAAUACAAACAGAAAAGUUAUGGCUGGCGUUGGACUGGCUAUAAAUGUCCCAAACCCAGAGGAAAAUGCGGUUUUUACCCAGUUAAAACCUGUAAGGAUGUCUGGAGGAGAUGGGGGCGAAGACUCCUCUGUGUUUGAGGAAAUCAAACCUAUGGUGAGGAUCGUAAGAAACUCGCAUGAUAUGGCCCAGGUAGGGGCAACGGGGCUUCGGUAUCUUUCCUGCACAUUGACCCGAUUAGAGAUGGAUAAAUACCUUCUACAGAACGCCCCUCCUGUUCCUGCGGUCAUCCCAGAUAAGAAGUAUCGACGGGAGAGCGCCUCAGUUGUGGAUGAAUACUUCUCCACGGAAAAACCGUCACCCUACAGCGUCAACAUCAAUGUAAUACUUCCACACACCACCCACCUUCGCACCGGCCUCUACCGACCGACCAAGCCCUUCUCACAGAUCAAAACAGAGCCUGGGACUUACCCCCAGCCUACCUCCUCUCCACCCUCUUCCAUCCAGACACUCCCGGACUUCACAUCAGUCUUCAGCAUGCCACAAACAGUCAACAGCAUGUUUAUCAAGCAGGAGAUUCCCUCAGAUGAACUCCAGAUUGGCCCCCAACAGCCUCAGGUCUACCAGCUGCCAAUCAGCAGUAACGAGGUCACAAUGCCCCUGACUACCAGCCAAUCCAACUGCAGCACUACCAUGCACACGUUAAGUAGCGUCACCAUGACAACCGGCAACAGGGUCAAAUCCUUCCACACUCCUGUCAGCACCCAUGGUGGCUUUGUAGUACCCGGGCAGUUCUACCAGGCCCAGUCUCUCAGUCUUCCCCCCUCCCCUCCUAACUCCCAGCCGGGGAGCCCUGAAAACCAGCCAGAGCUCCUCAACACCAUGUCCCCACCCCCUCCCUACAAGGCCACGCUUGGCCUGAAACUGGUCCAGGAGCCCUCCCAGCUCCACUCCCACCACAGCAUGGUCACCAGUUACUCCCAGACACAGGGAACCCUAACUGGGCCACGAUACAACCGCCGGAACAACCCAGAGCUUGAGAAGAGGAGGAUUCAUCACUGCGACUUCCAGGGAUGCAGCAAAGUUUACACCAAGAGUUCUCACUUGAAAGCACAUCAAAGAACACACACAGGUGAAAAGCCUUACAGAUGUACCUGGGAAGGCUGUGACUGGCGCUUCGCUCGCUCCGAUGAGUUAACCCGGCACUUCCGCAAACACACGGGCGCCAAGCCCUUCAAAUGCAUUGCCUGCGGGCGCUGCUUCUCUCGCUCCGACCACCUGGCACUGCACAUGAAGAGGCACCAGAACUAAGGGCUUCCACACAACCCUGCCUGAUGCAUCUUCUCCAUUUAAAAAAAAGAAAAAAUUGUAUAUACAAAAAGCUGCCAUGAAACACAAAUAAACCCAGUACCAAAAAGAUAUUUACAGGACAUGCGAGUGUACGUGUGAGUGUGCGUGUGAGAAAUAGAGAGAGAGGUUAAAAGAUUAAAGAUUUUAUGUAUAAGAAGAAAAAGAAACUUGACUGUUAUAGGUUUUCAUGCCUAACCGGAGCUUUUAAUUAUUUUUGUAUUUAUUCCUAUGCUUGGUCUUCAGUUCUCGUCCCACCCUCACCUCCAUCACAAAUGUAAGCCUUUCAGAAAUACUGUAAUAUAAUUAUAAAGUUUUUUUCAUACUGUUACCUUGGGGAUUCCCUAGGCUGAUAUCAUCCUUCUAAUUAUGGCACUAGGAAGACUAAAUGUCUCUUGUACAGUUAAUCUACUGGUUAUGAUAAUGGUCUUUUUUUAAAUCCCAGCGCUUCCAAAUAAGGACUGUUUUUUUUUUUUACAGUCUGAACUGUUUUUACUGGUUUGUACAAAUUACUGAAAGAGAAAAGAGCAUGACAAGGAUCAAGAGAAAAUAUGAAAAAUGAUGAACAAGAGCAGGCCAUUAGACCCAUCAGUCUUCUUUUGGUUACCAACAGUUGGUUGACAUAUAUUUUUGAUUGAAUCUGCCAUAGGUUGUGUUAGAUAUUUAACUAUGAGCAAUAACUCCUCAUAGGAGCAAGUAUUACCCUAGCAGUUUACAAAGUAUGUUCUACUACUUUUAAUGCAGUGAAGUGGUGAUGUCUUCAAGACCUAUCUCCUGUGGUUUAGUAGUGAGACUUGAAUGUAAAGAGUGGUUUCUGCUGGAGAAAUCUUUCAAGGGGGCUUUUUCACAGGACAGGUUGGAACAGGACAGGGAUAGUUUACAUUGCUUAGUCCAGAUACAUAGUCAUAACCUGUGUGGAAAUGUCUUCCAGUAAAAAAAGGUGUGCACAGAUUUAGUCUGGAUUAAGGGUUUAUUGUUAACUGUAUUAAUUUACUUUGGGAAGUGGCUCCCUGUCAAUAUACAGUUACUGUAUAGCAGUGUUGGACUGCGCUCCAAAAACGACCAUAGACAAAAUGGGAAAAGAAAAAUGACUGUUAAACUCAACUGCCAAUGUCUGCCAUAAAGAUCAAGUAAGAUAGGAGGAAAUUCUGGCCCGCACGUUUUUAUACUGGCUGGUUACUUACUGCAAGAGGAACUACACAUGCACAAUUCUGUACAGAUUGCAGUAAUAUUAAUAUCCAUGAUAAGAAUAUAUAAAAAAUCAUUAUACAACACGCAAUAUUUUGUGACAAAGGCACUUCAGUGCUCUUUAAAAUGGUAAUACUACAAUACUCUGAUUAUACUGAUACUAUUAGCAAACAGUUAGGAUAAUUUCCAAUGGGUUGAUGGAUACUCUAUGCUGUGGUUCUGAAGGCUCAUUUUAAUAUUCCAUUUCCAUUGGUAUUGCAAGACCAAUCAUCCAGGGCUCUGAGAUAAUGAUGUAUUCCAUAAUGAUUCAGUAAGACAUAGUUUUAGGUGUUAGAGACACUUCAGGGUGGAAAUAAAACAUGGCUUUAAAAUAAUCAGGCCUUUCUUUAGCAUAUAACUUUCUCACAUGUCUCUUUUCCUUUUGCUGUUUGGUUUCUAGGACUUAAUUUUCAGUUGGUAAAGUCUAUUAAGCCACCACACUUUAUAUUCAUUCCCUGUGCUCUAAAGCAAGCAUUAGGAUCUCAUCUGAGCCCUGAGACUUCAGGUGGGCUCUAAUGUGUGGUGUACAACCAGAGUCUACAUGACUAUAAAGCUGAAAUAACUGAACUGGCUGCAGACAAUUGAUAAGAAAGUUAUUAUGCUAGUGACACCUUUUACACAAAAUGGACUCAUCAGUCUGGAACAGUAUCAUGAAUACUGUAUCACACUUUAGGUAUCCUACAAAAUGGAGGACCUUAGGUUUUGUCUUUUGUUUUACUGAAUAUCACCAUUUAAGUGCCCAGUAUCUCUAUAAUAUCAUGGUAUUUGUAUAUGUUCAGCCAGCACCUAAUCAAGUGUGCCACUCUAAGGGUGGGUACAUCUUUGUAAAUUUUGUGGUUUUAAGGACAUUUUGUAAAUAUCAAUGAUGAACUAAUGUUUAAUAUUGUGAACAAAGGGGGAUUUUAAAUGGUGGUAGAGCUUUUUUCAGAAUGUUUCAUUGUUAAUUUUAUAUAUUGUAGUAUUUUUUUAUAAUUAAAAGAAAAAUCAAUUCUGUAUAUAAAAAGGUGACACUGCUUUAAUUUUUUGUGAAAUAGAAACUUGCAAAGAAAAAGAAAGAACAAAAUAAAAUGUUUAUAGAGUUUAA